AGGGUGACAUUUCCACAGAUGACAAGUGGAACCCACUCCAUUGCAUGGUAGCAUCUAGAUCCUGACAGAAAGAGCGACAGCUUGAGCUAGAGCCAGGCUCGGCUGCUAUAUGUGUGAACAAGGAAACCAAGGCUUUCACCUUCCUGACGUGAGUGCGUGUGAACACAUAUUGCAAAUUGCUCAAAAUGGAUUCCAAGGUGAAAACCAUCCUGGUUUCCCCAUUCAGACAAUUCACAUGUUGCAUAUCUGUGGACGGAAAAGAACAGGAGCAGCCCCAGAAGAAGGCACCCCAUAAGCAACCAUGCAUGACUGCAGAAGAGUUGCAGAGGUACCAGAAGAGCAUCGAACUAGAAAAUAAAAAGCGAGCAGCCUUUCACCAGCAGAGGAACGCAGAGCGUGCAGUCAUGAGGACUCACUUUCGCCAGAAGUACCAGCUGUCUCAGAAUUCUAAAGACAACUCUCAGAUGCUAGCGGCUGGUGGUUCUGUGCGUCUCCCCGAGGCACUGGCAGCGAUGGUGUGUUCCGAGAAGUCAUCUGAGCAGGAAGGUGGGCUCAGUUUCUUCGGGGCUUUUCCAGGUCUGGACCUCACCGCAUUCAGGGAUUCAGCUGAAACAACCACAGACCAAUGUCGGGUCAUGUGAAUAAAGACAUUAGGAACCUACGGAUACGUUUUCUCAGGAAUCACAAACUGAUCUUACACAAGAAUAGUGAAUCUAGCAAAGCGAAUCAGCAUAUCCUCCAUCUGCCGACUUUGACUGGAGGAAGAUGUUACACCAUCAUGUCGAACCCAGCCGUUGUCUCGUCAAUAUAUUUGUAACUGAGUAGAUAGCAAAUCAUGAUCAAAAACUGGGCUUCCUCCUAUUAAUUAAUAUAUAUUUAAUAAAGUACAAGAUGUUUUUAUUAUUUUUGUCCAUAUUCAAAAAAGUUUUGCCCAGGUUAAUCACCCACUAAUAAUAUAACAACAUUUUAUACCAUUAUCUAACAUGCUGAAUCAGUUCAGGAGCUGCAAUGGGCACAAAGCAGGCACAGGUCCUGCACAUGAGGGCCAACUCAGAAUUUCUAAUUAACCUAACUUGCACAUCUUUGAGGAGAGGGAACUUGGACUACAUGGAGGAAAACCCACAUCGACAAGGGAAGAACACAGGCAGCGACUAGCUGCAGACUUCAAACUCAGGGCACUGGAUUUGUGAGGCAGCAGCGCUAGUCGAUGCACCACCAUACUGCCCAGCAUGAUAUAAACUGAUCAAGAAAAAAAAUAAAAGAGCUUAACGUUACAAGCCAGAUGCUGCAUUACUCAAACCAUGUGUCAGCAAAUCCACUUUUCAGUGGGCAUAGCGUCACUCCAUAAGCUCUCAGCUAAUUUUGUAAGGUGAUUUGUUUUUUGUUUACCUCUUUCAUUUAUAGCUGUUCAUUUGUAAAAUCUAUAUGAAUUAAUAAUAAUAAAAACUCUGAACUAUUGUGUUGUCCUCUGGAGCAUUUUAAUGUGCCCAUUAAAUCUAUUAAUAAAGUCAAUUAAGAUAA